CAUCAUUCCAAAAUGCCGGAGUAAUCCAUUUAGUUGGGCGGGCGGAGAACGUUUGCCUCGCAGGCGAUAAGAAUGCCCGCGACGAAGAGCAUAAGUACGGCCUUCGUCCCAGCUCUCGUGAGAUGUCAUCCUUUCCAGCAGCCUGAUAUAUCAGUCUUCUUUCUUCUACCCCGUCAUAACUGAGAGUCAACAGCAAGGAAGAAGCUAGGAUGGAGAAGGUAGCCGACAUCAACGAGAAGUCUGCUGAGUGUGCGGGGACUGUUAUUUCCAACCAAAUCUCGCGUGGACAUGGCGUCGUCGACCAUAUUACCCCCGAAGAAGAUGCUGCGACGCGACGAAGACUUGACAUAGUGCUCAUGCCUCUGCUCGGUUUUUGCUAUAUGCUGCAGUUUCUCGACAAGUCGACUUUGAAUUAUUCUACUCUUCUAGGCCUACUUGAAGACACGAAACUCGUCGGCAGCGAGUUCUCCUGGGUUGCUGGAAUAUUCUAUUUCGGCUAUCUCUUCUGGUCUUUCCCAGCAUCGUACUUGAUGGUUCGCUGCCCGAUUGGAAAAUACCUUUCCGUUUCCGUCAUCAUAUGGGGCGCCGUCCUCAUGUGUCAUGCCGCCGUCUCAAAUUUUGCCGGUCUUAUGGUCGCGCGGUUCCUACUCGGGGUGAGUGAAGCUUCUGUUGCACCAGGAUUCUCCCUUAUCAUGGCCAUGUUCUAUCGCAGGAAAGAGCAGCCAUUGCGCCAUGGUUUAUGGUUCGUGGGUAACUCGAUGGCGAACUUCAUUGGAGGUCUGUUGGCGUACGCUAUCGGAACUGCUGGGGCCGAUAUUGCCCCCUGGAGACUUCUCGUUCUGGUCUUUGGCGGCAUUACAGUCGCCUGGGGUGUGCUCAUGAUUUUUGUGUUGCCCGACUCAAUUGCACAAGCCAAGUUCCUGUCUCCUCGUCAGAAGGAUGUCGCGCUGUUUCGCGUGGCCGAAAACAACACAGGCAUCAAGACCAACAAGUUUCAAAAAUCUCAAACUCUACAGGCACUUAUCGACCCCCAAGCAUGGCUGAUCUUCUUUUGGUCCUUUGUAGUCAAUCUGCCUAACGGUGGGCUUACAGCCUUUGGCUCCCUCGUGAUUGCAGGUUUUGGAUACAAAGGCUUGGAUGCGCUCCUCCUUCAAAUGCCAGGAGGUGCGACUCAACUGGUCUUUGUGCUUUUGGCAUGUUACUUGCCUUCCAAGUUCAAGAACAUCCGACUUAACAUAAUGUUUUUCCUCAAUCUCAUCAGUCUUGUUGGUAUGGCAAUGGUCUAUGCAAUUCCUGCGAGCCACAAAGGCGCAAGGCUGGGCGGUUACUGCCUCUGCACCGUUUUCGCUGCAAAUAUGCCACUUGCGCUCUCUCUCAUCUCGUCGAAUGUUGCUGGAACCACAAAGAAGACAACGGUAAACGCCAUGAUGUUUAUCGCAUACUGUGCUGGUAACAUCGCCGGACCUCAGUUCUACAAAUCGCGCGAAGCUCCAUCCUAUCCUACUGGCAUAAAAUCUUCCCUAACAGGGUUCAGCCUUGCGGCCUUUUUCCUGAUUGCCCUUCGCCUUUACUUACCGUGGGCUAAUUAUCGUAAAGAGAAGUCCGAAGGACGAGCUUCAGAUCGUGUGUUCAAUCCUCAGGAAAAUAUGGAAGAGUAUCUUGCUGAUACCACCGAUUGGGAGAGACCUGGUUUCCGUUACGUGUAUUGAGCAUUGCUACGUGUAUGUUGGUCUUCUCUCGAUCUCGACCGUGAGAUAAAAUCUGGAUCGUAUCUAGCCCGUUAGAGCAAUACCAGAGAAAUACUGUUGAG